GCGUCAAUGGCCAAAGGAACUUCUCAAUCGCAGGCUUCGUCUUCUCCGGCUUCGCGGCCGGGUACUAUGCCGCCGCGAGGUUCUGCGGCAGCAACAGCCGGAAUGCGGCGGCGGAGGCUGGGCGGUGGCGGUGGUGGUGGUAGUGGUGGAGGCGGCUCCGGUGGAUUCGGCGUUGGCGGAGGUGGAAGCAACAUGUUGAGGUUCUACACGGACGACGCUCCUGGCUUGAAAAUCACUCCCACCGUCGUCCUCGUCGUGAGCCUCUGCUUCAUCGGCUUCGUCACCGCUCUCCACGUCUUCGGCAAGCUCUAUCGCUAUAGAUCUGGUCCUGGAGCUUGAUUUCUGAUUUCAGCUUCCCGCCCCUUCCAAUUCUCUCCAUCUUCCUCAACUUUAGGCAGCCUGGCUUGUACGGGAUCCCCGCUUGCUCAUCCAUAUUUUGCGGAUUUUGGCUCUGUAAAGUUUCUCUCGACGUUUCUACCUUCUUUAUUUUUUUUUUUAGCCUUUUUAAUUUCUAUAAUAUUUUCCACCACGUAGUUUACCUGUGUGAGAGGGACGACGAGAAUUGAGGUUUUGUUUUUGUUCUUUCUGGAUGAUGGAUGCCACAUGAAGGCUGGUUUGCAUCCGUCAUUCCUUCAGUUCUUUCUUUCUUAUUGUACUUGCCUCAAGCUAAUCAUUUCUGAUAGAAUGUAAGAUACGUGUUUUAUCAUUA